UGUAAUUUCGAUUGAUUUCAAUUGAUCCCGUCUGGAAUUUUAAGAGACUCAUCUUGCUAUCCACCCUCCUCGCCUCGUGGGGCUGGGGAGCGUUAGGGGGCCCAAGGCCUUCCUGGCGAGCGUCGCAGGGCUCAGGGCUCCGGCAGGGCGCCUCGGCUCCCCCGGAGCGUCCACGGAGGUGUCGGAGAUCCCGAGGGUCCGGGGGUUGGGGGGGCGUGAAGUGGCAGCAAGACAUGCAGUUAUUGACCUCUUAUUAGCCAGACGACGCGUUAAUGACACGUUCCAAUGGAAGGUUCGACGCAUGGGGAGGUACAAUUCCCCUAUGUAAGGCAAGUGUCAUGCCAACUACGAUAAAAAACGAAAAAUCCAAAAAAAAAUACAAAAACAAAAAAUCUAAAAAAAAUUGUCUUGUUUUGCUUUGUUUAAAGCGUCUUGUAUGUUGGUAUGGCGGGUCUUCUCUGGGGAGAUGGAGACUAACGCGUUCCAACAUACAAAACCAGGAAAAGACGACAUGGAAACACCGAGAGAAGGAAGGGAAAGAAGGGAACACCAGAAGAAGGAAAAUGCAGAGAAGUAACAUUAGAAGAAGGAAUAUGAAGUAACACAAGAUGAAGGAAUUUGAAAAGAGUAACACAGAAGAAGGUACUGAAAAGAGUAACACAGAAGAAGGUAUUGAAAAGAGUAACACAGAAGAAGGUAUUGAAAAGAGUAACACAGAAGAAGGUAUUGAAAAGAGUAACACAGAAGAAGAUAUUGAAAAGAGUAACACAGAAGAAGAUAUUGAAAAGAGUAACACAGAAGAAGGUAUUGAAAAGAGUAACACAGAAGAAGGUAUUGAAAAGAGUUACACAGAAGAAGAUAUUGAAAAGAGUAACACAGAAGAAGGUAUUGAAAAGAGUAACACAGAAGAAGGUAUUGAAAAGAGUUACACAGAAGAAGGUAUUGAAAAGAGUAACACAGAAGAAGGUAUUGAAAAGAGUUACACAGAAGAAGGUAUUGAAAAGAGUAACACAGAAGAAGGUAUUGAAAAGAGUUACACAGAAGAAGGUAUUGAAAAGAGUUACACAGAAGAAGAUAUUGAAAAGAGUAACACAGAAGAAGGUAUUGAAAAGAGUAACACAGAAGAAGGUAUUGAAAAGAGUAACACAGAAGAAGGUAUUGAAAAGAGUAACACAGAAGAAGGUAUUGAAAAGAGUUACACAGAAGAAGGAAUCUGAAAAGAGUUACACAAGAAGACGGAAUUUGAAGAGAAAUAACACAAGAAGAAGAAAUGUGAAGUAACACCAGAAGGAAAAUCCAGAGAAGUAACACAAGAAAAAUGAAAAUGGAAAUGAAAAGAAUCAUCCACCUUUCGGCCCAAAGCAACAUCACAAAAUUAUGGGCGAGUCUCUUCUGGGAGGAAAGCGGCUCGUUCAGACCCAGGAACACCAGAAAGGAUGAUAGAAACGUCAAGAAAAGGAAAACAAAAAAGUCAUCCACCUUUCGGCCCCUGGGGCCGCAGGGUGGGUGACGGGUGAGUCUUCUGGGGAGGAGGAGGCUAACCCACACAGUCAAGAUAGAGGAUAGAGAAAGGAAAUGAAAUCAUCGAGAAAAGAAAAUUAAAUUACAAUAUCAAGAAAAUAACUAAAAAGUCAUCCAGCUUUCGGCCCCUGGGGCCGCAGGGCGGGUGACGGGUGAGUCUUCUGGGGAGGAGGAGGCUCAUCCACACCCAGCAACACCAACAGAAAGAAAAGAAAAGAAAACAUCAAGAGAAAAGAAAAGAAAACAUCAAGAGAAAAGAAAAGAAAA